AAAUGACCUGCUGUAAGUAGGUAAGCAUUGUUGUUAUACGCACUGACAGUUAGUAUCGAAGGCAGAGUUUCACUCGUUUACACGAUUAUUUUAUUAACUACCUGUACUAAUGGCUGCUAAAUGCAGUGGAAAUGAUCCUUCAGACAUUGACAAAACAGAAUUGUGGGUUUCCCGAGUCAACGCUUUCUCCUCAGAAUAUGAUGGUGUAAACUGGUCAGCAAAUUGUGUGAUCGGACCACCUAGAGUGUACCCACGGUAUGGUGAUAUCCGUGGGGCGUGGGCCCAGGGUGUAUGUGACAGUAACCAAUUCUUAGAGGUUGGAUUUGAACACAAAUUAUACCUAGAGGAGAUACACAUUUACGAGACCUACCAUGCUGGAUCUGUACGCUGUGUGAAAGCCAGGGGCCCAGACAAAUCGUGGGUGGUUAUCUGGACUGGUAAAACACAAGAUCUUAGUAAAAGCCGUAUAUUUAAGCCAGAUAUUGUGAAAACAAAAUUCCAAACAAACGAACUACGAGUGGAAACAGAUUGUUCCACCAGUGGAACUUGGGCAGAAAUUGAUGCUAUUCAGAUUGUUGGACGAAAAUAUGACUUUGCCAUGCCCCUCCCUGAAGGAACCCUGUCAGAUGCUUUAGAAAAACUGGUCAAUAACUGGAAGUUCAGUGAUGUUCAGUUUAAAGUUGAGAAGGAGACAUUCUACGCUCACAAAGCUAUUAUGCUCGUGCGGUCAGACUUCUUCGAUGCUAUCUUCACCAGGGACUUCAAGGAAAAAAAUUCUAAGGAACCCAUUGUGUUUCAGGACAUCUCUGCUGAGUCAUUCAAAGCCAUGUUACAUUUCAUCUACACAAACAAAAUCCCACCGAACAGUUCCUGUCUCUUACUGACAGACUUGUGGAGAGUGGCAGAUCGAUUUAAGUUGAAUGGAUUACAAGCCUUGACAGUGCGUGAGAUAGCCUCAAAACUGGACGUAAACAAUGUUGUAGAUAUAUACAUGGCUGCUAUAUUCAAACUGCCUGUCAUUGAUGAUUUAAAAACAGUUUGUACGGAUUUCAUGCGGUGCAAUAUGUCGGAUGUGGUAAGAACGGAGAGUUUUAUGACACUUCAUCAGGAGAAUGUAAUUGAACUCAUUCAGAUGAUGACCACAAAACUGGGGUUAUAGCAUGGCUGCCUCCAUACCCUAGAGUUUUGUGUACAGACAACUUGGAUCAAGUCUGUUUAAGCUACAUGAGCAAGAAUAUAGCAGAAGUGGUGAAUACCUCAAGCUUCAUGAAACUUCCCUUGGAACAAAUCAACUGCAUCCUCAAUUACAGCACAUCACAAGUCCGGAUAUGAGUUAUCUCCCCUUUAUAGAUAAUUAUCAAUUACAAUUAUGUAGUUAUGUUACUGAGAUUUAAUAUGACUGUUCAGGAUCUUUUACGAUCACAUAUUAACGUAGUCAUCCAAUUUUUGUUAAAUUUGACAUGAAAGUAUAUAUAUAUUGCUGUUUAUUGCAACUGUAACAGAACUUUUGAAUUGUCCUAAACACCAUCACCUACAGACAGGGUCGGUUCAGGCAGUGUCCAGUGCUUUUUUAUUAGGAUUGUUAUAUUGCUUCUCAUAUAUUGUCAUCACAUCAUGAAGCAAAUUUGAUACAUUUCUAAGAUUUGAAGUGACCAAUAUAGGUUGCUUUUCAGUUUUUGCACAUCUAUAACCCUUUUUAACAGCACAGAUAUAUUUUUCCUUAAAAGGGGAUUAUUUGUUUCUGUUCACAAAAAUAAGUUACUUUUGAUUGUACAAUGUUGAUAAUAAGAACCAUGAGAUGUAUUGUUUGUAACAUAGAUACAUACAUGUAUACAUGUUUUAAUAUUUGUUGUAAUGUAGAAUUCUGUUAGUUCAGAUCAUCUUACUCAAUCAAUGAAUUCUGUAACCUAAUACAUGUACUCUUCAAAACUUUCCCAUACUUACUCAAUACCAUUCUCCCUAUUUAGAUGUAAUUACCAAUUUGUCUUUCUCAUCACAAGUUUUGCCAAGUUUUAGGCAUUUUGUGUUGUUGUUUUAUUAAUUUUGUUUUUUUGUAAUUACUGUUGAAAGCUCAUCAGAAAACCUAUUCUUAACAAUUUAAAAUACUUUUAUCUGGAAAAUUGACUACCAUUAUUUUAAUUUCUUACAUGUCUAUAUUAAUAAGUUUGUAUAAUUCUUCAUGUAAAAGAAUUUGUUUAAUCACAUUCAUGUUCUAUUUAUUUAGACUAUCUA